ACUGCGCUCCUCAUUACCUUCCUCUGGUCUCAGCAGAACAUGAUCCCGAACCUCCUCAAGCGGAGGUUGAACACUACCGAUGCUUUUCUCACCGUUUCCUCUCUGAUCUUGAUUGAAGCUGCAGCUUUUCAGGGAUAACCUGCAUCGCUUUUCAUUUCAUUUAUACAUUUUUUUUCUUUUGGAUGCGCCAUGCAAUCUCGUUGGAGGAGUUGUGGCAUUCGGCCGGUGGCAUGGACGCUGACUUGGAGUCUGGCACUGAUGGGAGCCUGGUGCGUCCCAGCAAAUGAAGUGAACCUGCUAGAUUCUCGCUCCGUGAUGGGAGACCUUGGAUGGGUGGCUUAUCCAAAGAAUGGGUGGGAAGAGAUUGGGGAAGUAGACGAAGACUAUGCCCCCAUCCACACCUACCAAGUGUGUCGCGUGUUGGAGCAGAACCAAAACAACUGGCUUCACACUAACUGGAUUUUAACUGAGGGUGCCCAGCGAGUAUACAUCGAACUCAAGUUCACACUUAGAGAUUGCAACAGCCUGCCUGGUGGGGUCGGGACUUGCAAGGAGACUUUUAACAUGUAUUACUAUGAAACGGACGGUGAUGAGGACGACAUGGAGGACGGCAAGAUGAGUGAUGGUAUUGGUAUAACUGAAGAAGAAGACAGGGCAAUGAAAGAGAGCCGAUACAUCAAAAUUGAUACCAUAGCAGCUGAUGAGAGCUUCACCGAGCUCGACCUGGGGGACCGUGUCAUGAAGCUUAACACAGAAGUCCGCGAUUUGGGUCCUUUGACCAGGAAGGGUUUCUACUUGGCCUUUCAGGAUUUAGGGGCCUGCAUUGCUUUAGUGUCGGUGCGGGUAUUCUACAAACGCUGCCCCUUCUUGGUGAAGAGUUUGGCCGAAUUUCCUGACACUAUUCCUGCCUCGGAGGCCUCACAGCUGGUUGAGGUGGUUGGCCACUGUGUUAAUAACUCUGUCCCCUUAUAUGAGCCACCACGGAUGCACUGCAGCACAGAAGGGGAAUGGCUGGUGCCCAUUGGGAAGUGUGUUUGCAAACCAGGCUUUGAGGAGAUCAGCGGAUCCUGUCAAGUUUGCAAAAUGGGAUUUUACCGCUCACAGCUGGAGUCUUCAGCAUGCAGUAAAUGUCCACCCCACAGUGUGGCCAGGCAGAUGGGGGCCACGUCUUGUAGCUGUGAAGAUGGAUACUAUAAGAUUGAAUCUGACCAUCCUAAUAUGGCCUGCACACGCCCUCCCUCCGCACCCCGGAAUGCAAUUUCCAAUGUCAACGAAACCAGCGUCUUUUUGGAGUGGUCUAUUCCAAUGGAGACGGGGGGUAGGAAAGAUGUCCGCUACAACAUCCUGUGCAGACGUGUUUUACCUGAUGGCCGAGGGUUGGAGGAAUGCGGCCCCAACGUGCGGUUUCUGCCACGCAGACUUGGCCUGUCUAACACCUCGGUGAUGGUAGCCGACCUGCAGUCGCACACCAACUACAGCUUCUUGUUGGAGGCUGUCAAUGGUGUGUCAGAGCUCGCCAAAGACCAUGCAAAGCAGUAUGUGACACUUAAUGUGACGACCAAUCAGGCAGCACCCUCCCCAGUCAGUGUAGUGAGGAAAGGCCAUACAGGAAAGAGUAGCAUCGCUCUUUCUUGGGCAGAGCCUGAUCGUCCUAAUGGCAUCAUCCUCGAGUAUGAGAUCAAAUAUUUUGAAAAGGAUCAGGACUCCAGUUAUACUAUAAUAAAGUCUAAAGAAACGGAGAUGGUGGUGGAUGGCCUUAAACCUUCUUCAGUCUACAUCUUCCAGGUACGAGCCAGGACCUCUGCAGGUUAUGGUGCAUUUAGCCGACGUUUUGAAUUCCAGACGAGCCCUUACUUAACUGCCACUAGCGAGCGUGCUCAGGCUUCAAUAAUAGCAGUGGCCAUCACGUUGGCUCUGGUUCUGCUGGCGGUGGUUGCUGGAUUCCUCCUCAGUGGACGACGGUGUGGGUACAGCAAAGCUAAGCAGGAUCCUGAAGAGGAAAAGAUGCAUUUUCACAAUGGCCACAUUAAGUUCCCUGGAGUCCGUACUUAUAUUGACCCCCUUACUUAUGAGGAUCCAAACCAGGCAGUACAUGAAUUUGCACAAGAGAUUGAUGUCUCAUGCAUCUCUAUUGAGAGGAUCAUUGGAGCUGGGGAGUUUGGCGAGGUGUGCAGCGGACCCCUUAGGCUACCUGGCAAAAGAGAGAUCCAGGUUGCCAUUAAGACCUUAAAAGCAGGUUACACAGAGCAGCAGAGACGUGACUUCCUGUGGGAGGCAUCCAUCAUGGGCCAGUUUAACCAUCCAAACAUCAUUCGCCUGGAGGGAGUUGUCACCAAAAGUAAGCCGGUGAUGAUCAUUACUGAAUACAUGGAGAAUGGAUCAUUAGACACCUUCUUAAAGAAAAAUGAUGGUCAGUUUACAGUUAUCCAGCUGGUCGGCAUGCUGCGGGGCAUCGCAUCUGGCAUGAGGUACCUUUCAGACAUGGGUUAUGUCCAUCGUGAUCUGGCAGCCCGUAAUAUCCUUGUUAAUAGCAACCUUGUGUGUAAAGUGUCUGAUUUUGGACUGUCCCGAGUCCUGGAAGACGAUCCAGAGGCAUCAUACACUACAAGGGGAGGAAAGAUUCCUAUUCGCUGGACAGCUCCUGAGGCAAUCGCAUACAGGAAGUUUACCUCUGCUAGCGAUGUGUGGAGUUAUGGGAUUGUCAUGUGGGAGGUUAUGUCUUAUGGAGAAAGGCCCUAUUGGGAUAUGUCCAAUCAAGACGUAAUAAAAGCAGUAGAAGAGAGCUACAGGUUGCCUGGCCCAAUGGACUGUCCAGAGGCCUUGUACCACCUGAUGAUGGACUGCUGGCAGAGGGAACGCAGCAGUCGACCCAAGUUUGAUGAAAUUGUUUGUCUACUUGACAAGUUUAUUCGCAACCCCAGUUCAUUAAAAAAGUUGGUCAACUCUUCACACAGGGUUUCCAACUUGUUAGUGGAGCAUGCCAGUGUGGAAGGAGACUGCAGCACUCGAGGAAAGACUGUCGGAGAAUGGCUUGACUCAAUCAAAAUGGGCCGUUACACAGAGCUCUUCAUGGAGGGAGGCUACUCUUCACUUGACACAGUAACUCAAAUGACAUCAGAGUAAGACCAUCUGCAUAUUCUAAAGCAAUGGAUCUUCGAAGAGUAGGUGUAAAUCUGGCAGGACAUCAGAAAAAAAUUAUCACAAGUAUUCAGGAGAUGAGAGUCCAUAUGAACAGCACCAACUCUACUGUAAACAUCUGAUGCAUAUGUACAGGCAUGCACACACAUCAGACAUCCAUAUGAGUACCUGAGUGGAAACCAAUAUGUGGACCUAGCAUGUAAUCAAAGAACUGUUGGACCUAGAACGGCAUAGCACUUUUUUUGGAGACAAAGAAACCCUAAUUUCUAUGGAUUUUCACUUGAUGAUCCGCAUUGUUGGUGAGUCGUAUUCGUGGAGCUCAUGGAGAUGUAUAACACUGCAAGGCUAAAACCAAACUGAAGUGAACUGGACUGAAUGGUGCUAUGCGAAGGACCGAGGAAGGCAAACAAAGCUGACUCUUAAGGGAUUUUUUAUCCAACUUUGCCCAAUUUCUGGAUGCUUACAUUAUUUGUACUGUUAAUAUUCACCUAGCUCAAACUAGAAAUGAAUGGCUCUACCACGUUGGAAGUUUUCAUAAAGUGGUCUCAAAAUGAAACUUCUUAAUCUCUCAGCCGGAUGAGACAAGCCAACCUGGUCUGAACAGAACACGUACCAGCCAGAGUUUUUUGACAUACACUACCUUUACAAGUCAGUAAAUUGAAAAGAAAAUCUCAGGUGAGAUAAAAACUAAUGGUACAAAAACAUCAUUAUUAGCGUGAGCUGUUGGUUUGGCAUAUUGGACUUAUUUGUUUUAUCGUCUGUCUUGUUUUAUGAAUCUUGGCUUUCAUAUACUAUCAUUCAAAGUAAACAAAUCAGUCAAAUAAAUAGUGGAUUUAAGAUAAUUAACUUUAUAAGUUGUAAGUAAAGCUAUUACAUAGGCAAAAAAAAUUGCUUUCACAUGUGGAUGCUAUAGAAAUACCCAUUUGCCUGAAUGUAGAACAUUUGUAGAAUGUGGCAAUAAACCUUUUGCUAUUUGAAACCAGCCACUGAAUGAUACCAGGGAUUGCUAAACAUUAUGUUGACAAGCCUGAAAGUCUGUAAAACCAUAGUUUCCUACAAAAACUUCUGUCUCUUUAUCAACACCCACAUAAAUGUCUCUAAUCUUCAAAUUAAAACAAUACUAAACUGAUGCAUUUAUUUAUAAAUUACUAACCCUUUUUUGCAAGCAUCAACAUGCAUCAUUUGCAUGCAGUCAAAUCCUUCUGCUAAAUUUGAAAAACAAAACACAACAUUUUCUCAUUGUUUCAUUAUAAGUAAGAGAAUAUUCACUCCUAAAACAAAGGUGGAGUGAUUCUUCAUUCCUUUUAGGUGUUUCAUGGGAUAGUUUGUGUUGGUAUUGCUUGUUAUAAUCCGUGUGAUUUUUCUCAACAGUGUUUAAUCAAUCUAAAGGAAACUUUUUCUGUUCUGAUACUUUUACAUAAAUCCAAAGCAGCCUUCACCGGUGGUUUAGCAGUCUUUGCAAGCCUUCACUUAGAAACAGUAACCUUCAGGUACCACAGAAAACCCUCAGAAAUCAGUUCUGUUCACCACGCCUCAGAGUAUCUCUUCAACGCUUGUGUGCCACACCACGAUCAACCUCACUCUGACAGGACUGCUGUUAAAAAAAAAAAAAAAAGGUAAACUAACAAAAAACAAAAGGUGGCAAUACCGACGAACUUGAUAAUCAGAUUUUUUUUUAUAUGUACUUGUUUAAAUAAUUUAUGUGGACAGUUUGCUUCUUUAUUGUACUUACUCAUGGACCACUGAGCAGCUCCGCCUACAUGUAUUUUAUGUAAAUAAUGUAUUAUAGAUUUAAAGCAGGGAACAUUGUUCUUUUGUCCAUUAUGAUGAGGACAACUUAACAUCAUUAUACUUCUCAGAGUAGGUACUUGGUGACAAAUACUGUAUUUCUGCCUGGACGUCCUAAAAGGGGGUCUAAUGGCACAAUUAUCUCCUACUAAGAGUUUCAAAAAGGACUUGAAGAGAGACAAUUUAUAAAUAUUUUGUUGGUUGUGUUUAGAGUUCCAAUAAAAUGAAAAUAAAUAUUAUGACAGGGCCCAUACUUUUGCUUCUGCAAGUCCUUAAAAGGUAUGCACAUUGACUAGUAGAUUUUUCCUCUGUAGUCUAGUUAAAAAUUAAAUGAUGUCAGUAAUUGAUAAAGCCUGUGCUUUGCUUCUCUUCAGGAUGGAAUAAUUUCAUUGUGAAUAUUACGAAAACUUGACCCCUUUGACUGCAGUAUCUGCGUCGGCAGAAAGCAUUCAGACUAUAUGUAGAUUACUUGCUUCUGUAUUUCUUUGUUUAUUUACUGUAAAGCUUUGGUAGAAAGUUCAUAAAAAAAUGUUCCUAUUGUUCAGAGGUGGUUUUACUGGACCAUAUGAAAGCACAGAAGAAGAAUGUAAGGUUUCAAAUAGGUGCAACACUUUGUUUGAAUAGCAUGUUCAGCUUUUAAACAUUUAAAGUUGUGUUCAUGGAGCAAAACAAGUCAAGUGUUGAGAACAGAAAUGGAGGACUUACUGUAAGAGCCUAAUUUGACUGAAUGUAAGAGGGUUUAUUUCACAUUUGAAGUUCAGCAAGUUCAGUUAGUAGUGUUUUCAAAAAUUGAAAUUAGUUGAAGUGGAGGUUUACUAACAGGAAGCAUAGCAUCUGCAUAGUCUAUCUGGUCUCUUUGCAGAUGUGCAACUUUUUUUUGGUGGGUUAAAUUUAUUUCAUUACAGUUUUAAUUUAUUAGAAUAUUUCAAACAUCUUUUUAAUCAUUCUUAUCUGAAAAGUUGUUUUUUUGUUUCCAUAUCCACAGUUAAAGAAAAUAUUUAAGAAAAUACAGAAAUGCAGUAAACACCCAUAGUCUACUGUGGCUAUGCAGAUUUGUUUAUUUUAAUUCAUGAAUUAACAGGAGUGUUGAUUAUCUUCAAUUAAAUAUAAUGUUUCAAGCUGUUGUAUAGCCACUCUUUCUGGCUGAUUUUUUUUUUUUAAUCCCACGCGUGGUGCAUGAACAAUUGGUAAAAAAAUACAACCUUAUAAGUGCCUCGCAUUUUUAAGCACUGGUGUUUCCUCUCCUGUCAAAAUACUAUGUCCUAACUGUGCCCAAACUUUGUACAAUAUUCAUUCUUUGCCAACAAUGUCUAGAGGCAAUAAGAGGAAUGUCAGACAAUGUGUAUGUUGGAACUAUUUUAAUUUGCACUUUAUGGAAAAUUUCUCUUUUCUUUGACUGCAAUGUCUAUAGGUGACCUACCUUUUAGGUUCUUUUCUUAAUUAUUUCCUUUGUAAUCUAUUUCCUGAUUAUGAUUAUUAUAUCACUACAUACUGUCAAUGCUUCCCUGGACAUACCAGUUGACAGCUAAGCACAAAGAGUUGGUAAUAUUUUUCAAAGAAAUUAAAGCUAUGGAAAUGUUAAUAUGUAGAGCACCGUCUUCUUGUGUGUGGCACAUCACAGGCUCGAGAUACAGGCACAGGGUUUUGCAAAAAACUGUUUGGACAGUAUGUGGAUCGUGACUUUUUAUAAAAGAUCAUUACCACAAGUUCUUGAUGUCAGCAAACCUCUUCCAGGCAUUUUGUCUCACUACUUUUGAACCUUUGAUCCAAUGUCAACUGCAAAACUCAAACAAAACGUUUUAAAAUGGGCAUAGAGAAAUGCAUUGUUUUUAUCAGGGCUGUUGGUCUAGAAUUAAACAACUGUCGCUCUAUAGUUGCUGGAAUGCAAAAAGGUUCAAAUCAGGGAACUGCUCAAAUAUCAGAUUAAUUUUAGCAUUUUUUCACAUAGAUUUCCAGAUGUCACAUAUUUAAUCUAAAUUUGGAACCUGCAAAUUUGAACAUUUAAAUUUGUUUAAAAAAGUCGUAGAAAUUGGAGUUUAUUCUAAAUAUACAAAGACAGAAGAGAGAUUUGUUUUAAUUAUUAGAAUAAAUGUGCUAAAAGUUGAAUAUGAGGCAUAAAUAGAUUAUGAUAAAUGUGGAGAAGCAAUAAUGAUGACUAAAUAUCAAGAAAAAUGGUAACACCUUGAACAAAUCGAUGUCUAAAAGCAUCUUAAAUAAUGGUGUAAGGUUACAUCAGGGGACAGGGUUAUUGUAGCACCAGUUAAAGCAUACUUUAUGUUUUAUGGCACCAUUGACUUGUUUCACAGUGUUCCUUUUAUAAGGAAUUCUCUAUCAGCUAAAUCUUCAAAAUGAAAUAGUAAAUCAGUGAGACACUCUUUUAAACUUCCUUUGUUUGCAAGAAUGUUUGGAAAAAUCUGAAAGUGAACUAUAUCUUUUUAGUGUCCAAAUUUGUAACUGCAACUACUAAUGAGGUGGGAGUCUUAUCAUAGUAGUUUGUGCAAUGUAAUGAACUCAUUUGGGUAAAAAAAAAAUAAAUAGAUAAUGCUGUUGAUUAUAAAUGGACAGAUUUUUUUUUUUUGGGGGGGAGAUCCAAGUCUAAUUAAAAAUUGGGUAAUUAAAUCUUGCCCAUUUCAUUUAUUGUCCUCAAGAAGUGGUACAUGAGUAUGUUUUAUGUGGUGAUUGGGGAAAAAUCCAGCUUUUUUUUUAACUGUACAAAAACAGGUAUGCAUUCAUUUUACUGCAACUCAUCAAUUUAUAUGAAUAACUCACGCAUUAUGGUUCAAAACAACUGAAUAACUGUUGUGAUCAUUGAAAGCUCAGUUAAAAAUAUACUUGGCUAUUGGUGUGCUAUUGGUUUGUCUUCGAAAUUGUAUUGUGUAAUAUGUUUGUGUUGAUGUUUUUGUAGUGUCUUAUCAAAUUCUAUAUUUUUGCAAUAAAACUUGGAAAAGUUAACCUUA